AUGCUUAAGUGCUUCAACAUCUCCAACAUCUACAACAUCUCCAACAUCUCCAACGUCUUCAACAUCUCCAACAUCCCCAACAUCCCCAACAUCUCCAACAUCUCCAACGUCUCCAACAUCUCCAACAUCUCCAACAUCUUCAUCAAACCCAAGGCACGACGAGCACUUCCACCUCACCGCCGUGCUGAAGUCAAGGUUACUCAUCGCUACCUCACUGUUCCUGAGAUGGAGACAGCCUCCAAGCUCAUUCUUCUCUUGACUCAGCAAGCUGUAUUCUCUGAAGAAUUUCAACGUCUGGAAAAUGGUGAAUGUGUCACCAAACGAAGCAAACUCCACACUCUCAACCCUUUCAUCGAUGAUGACGGCUUAAUUCGAGUUGGAGGCCGACUGGAAAAGGCCAAGUCUAUCAGCUUCGACGAAAGACAUCCAAUCGUUCUAUCCCCGUUUCAUCACAUCACUCGUCUGAUUAUCGAAUCAACUCAUCUGGACAAUCUUCACACUGGAACAUUCAAACUACCUGCAGUCAAUUAUCUCAUGGGAAAUCUACCAGCUCAACGUGUGACUUUAGCAAAACCCUUUGAGCAUACUGGAGUGGAUUAUUGUGGGUCUCUCUUUAUAAAAGAGAAGAAAUUUCGAAAUCGUAGCAAGGUCAAGGUGUGGAUUGCCAUCUUCGUCUGUUUUACAACAAAGGCAGUCCAUAUCGAGGUGGUAGAUGAUCUGAGCACAGAUGAAUUUCUGGCAGCCUUCAGCCGAUUCAUCUCAAGGCAUCCCUCAUGUAAUUCCAUGUAUUCGGACAAUGGUACAAACUUCGUCGGUGCCAAGAACGAACUCAAGGAACUCUACGCCCUGGUAGAAGCAGAAGAGCACAAGGAAAGGGUUCAGCGUCAUCUGAACACCUUGUGCAUCAAAAUAGAAGGUAUCCUGAACUCUCAACCACUGACUCCACUGUCCUCAGAUCCUAACGACCUGACUGCUCUCACUCCGGCUCACUUUCUACAUGGAAGCUCCACCAGAGACCUCCCAGCUCCAGAAUUUCUUCAUACGCCAAGCAAUCGUUUGUCAUACUGGGAACACAUUGAGAAACUCAAGCAAGAGUUCUGGUCCAGAUGGCAAAAUGAAUACUUGAACGAACUCCAGAUUCGCCACAAGUGGAACGAUGGCAAUCACCAAAUUGAGGAAGGUUCUCUGGUCCUACUCCGAGAUGACAAUGCUCCUCCAUCACAAUAG